AUGCGAUCUAAUCCGUCGUCAGCGCCGAACAAGUGCACAUCGGGCGAGUGUGAUACUGCUACUGGUGUUACUGCUGCCCUUGUUACUGCUCCUGGUGCUGCCGGUGUUACUGCUACUGCUGCUGCCGGUGUUACUGCUACUGCUGCUGCCGGUGUUACUGCUACUGAUGUUACUGCUACUGCCGGUGUUACUGCUACUGGUGUUACUGCUACUGCUGCUGCCGGUGUUACUGCUACUGAUGUUACUGCUACUGCCGGUGUUACUGCUACUGGUGUUACUGCUGCCCUUACUACUGCUACUGGUGUUACUGCUCCUGGUGCUACUCCUGCUGCCGGUGUUACUGCUCCUGGUGCUACUGAUACUGCUUCUGCCGGUGUUACUGCUACUGGUGUUACUGCUGCUGGUGUUACUGCUACUGCCGGUGUUACUGCUACUGCUGCCGUUCCAUUUUAUUUAAAGUCAACCUCGAACAACUAUGACAAUUCAAGAAAUACUCUUAAUUAA